AUGCAUACUAUUUUUCAUGUUGGUGAAAUCAAGCAGACAAUCACCAGUAGUCGUCUCUGGGAAGUACAAUUAACACUUACAGAUGACAAUGAUCCACAAUUGGCCGGUCUCACUCAACGCGUACGAGAAGAGAUUGAUGGCGUCGGAUGGUAUCGAAUGGGUAAACUGAUACUCAAAGUACGUCACUUCAAUCAAGCUCAAGCACUCUACAAUGAAUUACUAAAGAACUCAUCAAGUGACAGUGAUAGAGCACAUAUCCAUCAUCAGCUUGGACGGGUGAAAAGUAUGGAAGGACAAUACAAAGAAGCAAUUUCAUUUUACGAAAAAUUCCUCGAAAUCAAAGGAAAUAUUGUAUCUGAAGAUUGUCCUUCAUCAGCUCACAUCUACCACGAUAUCGGUGAAGCGUAUCACAACAUGGGCGACUACUCGAAAGCAAUUGAAUUUUACGAAAAAGCAUUUAAAAUAAGAGAAGAAUAUCUGCCUCCAAAUCAUCCCGAUUUGGCUAAUUUAUACACCAACAUUGGUCUUACGUAUAAUAAUCUGGGUAAUUACUCGAAAGCACUCGAAUAUUACGAGAAAGCAAAUAAAAUCUACGAAAUAGCUCUGCCUCCGAAUCAUCCCGAUUUGGCUACUUUAUACAGCAACAUGGGUCUUACAUAUAAUGACACGAGUAACUACUCGAAAGCACUUGAAUAUUACGAGAAAGCACUUAAAAUAAGAGAAGAAUCUGUGCCUCUGAGUCAUGUCGACUUGGCUCAAUCCUACAACAAUAUUGGAGAAGUGUAUAACAAGAUGGGUGACUACUCGAAAACAUUUGAAUUUUACGAAAAAGCACUUAAAAUAAGAGAAGAAUAUUUGCCUCCAAAUCAUCCCGAUUUGGCUCAAUCCUACAACAAUAUUGGUGGCGUAUAUAACAACAUGGAUGACUACUCGAAAGCACUCGAAUAUUACGAGAAAGCAAAUAAAAUCUACGAAAAAGAUCUAUCUCCGAAUCAUUCCAGUUUAGCUACUUCAUACAACAACAUUGGUCUUAUGUAUAGCAAGAUGGGUGACUAUUCGAAAGCACUUGAGUUUUAUGAGAAAGCACUUAAUAUAAGAGAAGAAUAUCUGCCUCCGAAUCAUCCCGAUUUGGCUGAACUCUACAACAACAUUGACGAAGUGUAUAACAAGAUGGAUGACGACUCGAAAGCAUUUGAACUUCAUGAAAAAGCACAUAAAAUAGCCGAAACUGUCGUGCCUCCGAAACAUUCAGAUUUGGUUGAUAGUGACUUGACUUUUUUUUAA